CAGGCUACGUAGCAAGGGUGCAUAGAAGAACAAAGGCAUUUGUAGGAAGAGAAGGGUCUCAAGACUGUGGUCACCCACUGGACUUUCUUGGACCAGGUAAUACCAAUUAUAGCACAACUCGAGUUAUUUCCUGUCCCUGGGGAAGGCAGCAGGCCCAGGCAUCCCAUCUUAUCUUGAGGCCUGGCCUCUUCAGAUGAGCUUCCAGCUACCGCGUGAUGGAGUGAUAUGUUCUCAUCUUUUGCACCGACUCCCUCAAGGGCCCAGCCCUGUCUCACUGCCUAGGACAUUUCUGACCCCUUGGCCGUCUAUAACACCCUUGUACCUCUCUUUCCUCUCCCUCCUAGUUCCACAAUGGGGCAUCCUGAUGGUCAUGUCCAGGAUGCAGCUGGAGCAGACAAACCCAAGUCUGGGGAUUGGGUGCCCCUGCCUGCCUCACGGUAUCUGCUCUCUGGUUCUGCCACCAGACCCUCUGCCUCUCCCCUGGGUGCUGCAGGAAGUGGAGCUCUGGUUGCUGGGAGAAGGUGCCUGUCAGUGUCUCUACAGACGGCCCGGCCCCUUCAACCUCACUUUCCAGCUGCUGCCAGGGAUGCUGUGUGCUGGCUACCCAGAGGGGCGCAGGGACAUCUGCCAGGGUGACUCCGGAGGACCUCUGGUCUGUGAGGAAGGCGGCCGCUGGUUCCAAGCAGGAACCACUAGCUUUGGCUUUGGCUGUGGCCGGAGAAACCGCCCUGGGAUCUUCACUGCUGUGGCUCAGUAUGAGGCUUGGAUACGGGAUCAGGUGACGGGCUCAGAGCCUGGGCCUGGCUUUCCCUUCCAGCCCCAGGGGCCCCAGUCAGGCCUCCAGGAGCCCAGGGAGGUGAACUGCACCGUCGCCCUGCCAGAGUGCGGUAAGGCUCCGUGGUCCGGGGACUGGCCCUGGGAGGCCCAGGUGACGGUUCCGGGAUUCAGACCGUGCCACCGGGCGCUGGUGUCUGAAAGCUGGGUCUUGGCGCCUGCCAGCUGCUUUCUGGAAGGUCCGCACACUCAAAACCGAGUCAAGCCAGUGAUGUACGCACACGCUCUCCUGCUGCAGAACGACUCCAGCUGGAGCCUGCUGUGCCGGGAGCAGGGGAUCUGGUUCCUGGCUGGAGUCGGAGGCUUCUCCCGGGGCUGUCUCCGUCCCCGAGCCUUCUCCCCGCUGCAGACCCAUGGCCCGUGGAUCAGCCAUGUGACCCGGGGAGCCUACCUGGAGGACCAGCUAGCCUGGGACUGGGGCCCCGAGGGCGCGGACACUGAGCCACAGACUUGCCUCCCCCACACAGAGCACGGUGCCUGUGGCCUGCGGCCAGAGGCUUCUCCAGCUUGGGCGCUGUGGCCCUGGCUGGCCGAGGUACAUGUGGCUGGUGGCCGAGUCUGCACUGGGAUCCUCGUAGCACCACGUUGGGUCCUGGCAGCCACCCACUGUGUCCUCAGACUGGGCUCUACAACAGUGCCUUAGGUUGAAGUCUACUUGGGCAGGGCAGGGGCCAGCCCGGUACAGCAGGGCCACCAGCUCUUCCGGUCGGUCAUCAGCAUCUGCCUGUCCCGGCACCUGUGACUUGGGCCCCCACUGGCCCUCCUGGAGCUGAGCUCCCGGGUGGAGCCCUCACCAGCUGCGCACCCCAUUUGCCUGCACCCAGGGGGUCCCCCAGGGGCCAGCUGCUGGGUGCUGGGCUGGAAAGACCCUCAGGACCGAGUCCCUGUAGCUGCUUCUGUCUCCAUCUUGACCCCACGACUGUGUCGCUGCCUGCAUCAGGGGAUUCUGCCUCCUGGAACCCUCUGUGUACUCUAUGGAGAGGGGCAAGAGGACAGGUGUGAGGUGGCCUCAGCCCCGGCCCUCCUGUGCCACACUGAGGGUGGCUUCUGGGUCCUCAUGGGCCUGGCUGUCCGAGGGAGCUGGGAGCUGUUUGCAGCCCUUGGACCGGAAGAGUCCUGGAUCUCCCAAACAGUCGGGGAGGCCCACUUCCUGCCCCCUAGUGGCUUACCCUACUGGCCCCCUGAAGGCAGUGGCCUGUGCCCUCCAGACCUGGCAGGGCCCUCCAGUGCCCCUGGAGCUGCUACUCUGUUCCUGCUGUUACUGCCUCCCCUGACCCAGGGCUGGUGAGCCUGCCUCCCAGAGCUAGUCUAGCCAGCCUACCAGGCAGGGCGCCACUUCGACAGCAGGGCAGGAAUGUGGCCGGACCAGCUGGGUCCAGGCCUGUGGAGCGCCCCAUCCACCUAGCACCUCGCCUAGACUGCAGUGCUUCCAAUGACUGGGCCUCAGUGCUGGCUAUUUUGGGCCCAGGAAUCCUUGGGGGUGGCAGAGCAGACAAUAAAGGUAUAAACACAGACACUUGGCCUCCUGGCAUCUCUGGGGGCGGGCUGAACAGCUGAGAGCUCCCAGCCAAGGAGGAAGCCAAAGGGUAGGUCCCUCCCUCAUGGGACACUGAGUCAGGCCUUGGGCUCCCUGAAAAUGUGUCCCAGAUAACGUGGCAGCUCUGUCCUCUCAUUCCUGCCCUAGGGCGGAGGAGGUAAGGGGCCAGCUGGCUGUGUGUCACCUGCCCAGUGGACUUGGUGUUCCCAGCACCUAACGCAUACUUCCUCCCUGGCUCACACCCUGGUGCCCCUCCCACUAGAGCAGGAUGGACUUAGGGUGAGAGCUAGCCCCCAAAUAUGCAUCCCACAAAUGCUACCCCAGAGUCCACCCCCAGCAUCCCCAGCAUGCACCUUUGAGGAGCUGCUGCUUGUACAUCCCACCUGCUGCAUCCAGGACCUGGGUGCUUUGCCUGUAAAUCCCACUGCCUCCCUCACUGCGGACCUGUGCACCUCCCUGCUUUAAGCCACUGAGGCUCAUUGUAACCACAGAGUCUCCCACCCCACACCCCAGUGCGAAACCGAAACCCGCAGGCUAGGGUUAGGGGCUAGGGAUCAGGAGGAGGUAUGAGCACAGAAAAUGGGCAAACAACCUAGACAGGGGUGGCUGGAAGGUGUCAGUGGGGAGGGAGCCGGAAGGGAAAUAUCUCACUGGGGUGAGAAGGGCGGAGGUUCUUAAAGGGCCAGCCUGAGCCUGAGCUGCCAGACGUCCACAGAGCACUCCCCAGAUCCUCCACUGGAAAGCACCUCUGCAUGAGCUCUCCACACCAGCCAACCCCCUGGUGCCACCCCUCCUCUCCCAAACCACCCCUCCCCACCACAGAGGCCUUCCUGAUCCAGCCCCUUCCACUGACCCACACUAGGACCCUCUCACCUUCAGUCCGAGGUCCGGAUUCCCAGUCUUUUGGAAAGGAUGGAGAAGAAAGUUCUGUUUUUCCUCAAGCUUGAGCUUAACGCUCCCAGACCACAGAUUCACCCUUGCAGAUGCGUCAGGCCUUCACCAGGUCGAAAGCCUUCUUUCCCCAAGUCCCUGCCAUCCACACCCUCCACCCAAGACCCUGCUCUGCCAAGCCAGGCGAGGUGCUGCUCACCUGUAAUCCCAACAUUCUUGGAUGCUGAGGCAGGAAGAUU